GUCUGUACUUUCCUAAAACUUCAUCAAUAACAAUGUGUGAGGGUGAGAAAGAAAUUGACUUUAUCUGGAACUUACUUGAAAGUCAAUGUUUAGCGCGGAGCCUGACAUUCACAGGUGAUGCUAGCCAACCCAUUAGGCUAGCUUAGCUCCAAACACCAGCUGGUCAGACUUCUCCAGGUUCAGUCAUGGUGGACGCAGCGGCGGCCGAGCAGUUCCUGGACACAAACCCGCAGUUUGCCAAGCAAUACUAUGACAUCAACUUCCGACCCAAAGUGGUGUCCGACCUGCUGGACAGCAACCGCAAGACGGCAGUUGACACCAGUAGAUUCCAUGAUCUGACUGCGGUGGACGAGAGCGAGAUCCUCUUCGACCUGGUCCGAGACAUCCAGGACAACCUGCAGAUGGAGAAGUCUGUCUUCAACCUGAUGAGACACCUGAGCUUCAUGAUGAGAGCCGACCGCAUGAGCCUCUUCAUGUACCGACAGAGGAACGGCGUGGCGGAGCUGGCCACCAGGUUGUUUAACGUCCACAAAGAUGCUGUGUAUGAAGACUGCCUGGUGCCACCAGAUAGUGAGAUCGUUUACCCGCUGGACAUGGGCGUUGUGGGCCACGUGGCUUCCACCAAGAAGAUGGUCAACAUCCCUGAUGUGUCAGAGAGUCCUCAUUACAGCGACUUUGUGGACGAGCUGACUGACUACAAGACCAAGAGCAUCCUGGCCGUGCCGAUCAUGAACGGUAAAGAUAUGGUGGCAGUUAUGAUGGCAGUCAACAAACUGGAUGAGCCUCGCUUCACAGCAAAGGAUGAGGAGACCCUGAAUAAGUACCUGAACUUUGCCAACCUGGUCCUGAGAGUCUUCCAUCUGAGUUAUCUGCACAACUGUGAGACCCGGAGAGGCCAGGUGCUCCUGUGGUCGGCAAGCAAGGUUUUCGAGGAGCUGACAGACAUCGAGAGACAGUUCCACAAGGCCUUGUACACUGUCAGGGCUUUCCUCAACUGUGACCGCUACUCUGUGGGGCUACUGGACAUGACAAAGACGAAGGAAUUCUUCGACCUUUGGCCUGUUCAAAUGGGAGAAGUGCCACCGUACGACGGGCCCAAAACGCCUGACGGCAGAGAAAUCAUCUUCUACAAGAUCAUUGACUACAUCCUGCACGGCAAAGAGGACAUCAAAGUCAUUCCAAACCCUCCGGCGGAUCACUGGGCUCUGAUCAGCGGACUGCCGACGUAUGUGGCGGAGACAGGACUGAUCUGCAACAUCAUGAAUGCUGCCCAGGACGAGUUCUUCGCCUUCCAGAAAGAACCCCUGGACGACUCCGGCUGGACCAUUAAAAACGUCCUGUCAAUGCCAAUCGUCAACAAGAAAGAGGAGAUAGUGGGCGUGGCCACGUUCUAUAACAGGAAAGACGGGAAACCCUUUGAUGAAAUGGAUGAAACACUGAUGGAGUCGCUGACCCAGUUCCUGGGCUGGUCAGUCCUGAACACCGACACCUACGACCGGAUGAACAAGCUGGAGAACCGCAAGGACAUCUUCCAGGACAUGGUGCUGUACCACGUCAAGUGUCGCAAGGACGAAAUUCAGAACAUUCUGAAUACCAGGGAGAGAUGGGGGAAGGAGCCCGAUGAGUGUGAGGAGGAGGAGCUAGAGGAGAUCCUGUCUGAAGUUUUACCAAACUCCAAGAAGUCGGAGAUCUUCGAGUUUCACUUCUGCGAUUUUGAGCACAGCGAGUUGGACCUGGUGAAAUGUGGCAUCAAGAUGUACUAUGAGCUCAAAGUGGUGGACAAGUUCCACAUCCCCAGAGAGGCUCUGGUGAGAUUCAUGUUCUCGCUCAGCAAAGGCUACAGGAAGAUCACUUACCACAACUGGAGACAUGGCUUCAACGUGGGACAGACCAUGUUCACCCUGCUCAUGACUGGUGACCUGAAGAGGUACUACACAGACCUGGAGUGCAUGGCGAUGGUGACAGCCGGCUUCUGUCACGACAUUGACCACAGGGGGACCAACAACCUGUACCAGAUGAAGUCUGGUAAUCCUCUGGCCAAGCUUCACGGCUCCUCCAUCUUGGAAAGACACCAUCUGGACUUUGGCAAGACUCUUCUGAGAGAUGAGGCGCUGAAUAUUUUCCAAAACCUCAACCGCCGGCAGCACGACCUCGUCAUCCACCUCAUGGACAUCGCCAUCAUCGCGACAGACCUCGCGCUCUACUUCAAGAAGAGAACAAUGUUCCAGAAGAUUGUGGACCAGUCAAAGACCUACGAGAACUGGAGCGACUGGACCAAAUACAUGAUGCUGGAGACGACUCGGAAAGAGAUUGUCAUGGCCAUGAUGAUGACCGCCUGUGAUCUGUCUGCCAUCGCCAAACCCUGGGAGAUCCAAAGCAAGGUGGCGCUGUCAGUGGCUGCAGAGUUCUGGGAGCAGGGAGACCUGGAGCGGACGGUUCUGGAGCAGCAGCCCAUUCCCAUGAUGGACAGGAACAAGUCGGACGAGCUGCCCAAGCUCCAGUGCGGUUUCAUCGACUUCGUCUGCUCCUUCGUGUACAAGGAGUUCAGCCGCUUCCACGCCGAGAUCACGCCCAUGCUGGACCGCCUGCUCAACAACAGGAAGGAGUGGAACGCGCUGAAGGAGGUGCACGAGGCCAAAGUGGCCCAGCUGGAGGCUGCCAGGAAAGCUAAGGAGGAGGCGGCGCAGAGAGCUGCUGCUGCACGGCAAGCGAGUGCAGCUCAGUCUCAGUCCAAGACUUGUGUCCUGAGCUAGAGUCCGGCCGAGCUGCUCCGCGCUGGACCACCUUCUCCUUCCCUCUUCUUUCUCUUCCUCGUCCUGCGGUCGCUCGUGUAGACGCUCGCCGGCUCCGCAGGCCGCGGUCACGGGAGCGACUGGCUCUCCUGGGUCUGUGACCACAUGCUGGGCCACUGUUAGCAAUGUCAGCAAGUCCGGUCCUCACCUGCUCCCCGGGUUUCCAUUUGUGGCAGCAGAUCUGUGAGAUUAGAAACAUAUUGCUGUUGUGUAUCUGCGCUCACCUUCCACCCGCCUGGAAACAGCUUCAUCGCAGGACCUGGCGUUUCAUUAAAGGUCUCUGGUGCUUC